AUGAAGGACCCCAACAUUGUCCAAUUGCUCAAUAUCGUCCAAGCCGAUGACCGAAGUCUCUACCUCGUCAUGGAGUUCCUCGAUCUCGAUCUGAAGAAAUAUAUGGAAUCUCUACCAGUCAGCGACGGUGGUUGUGGUAGGCCUCUUCCCGGUGAGUCUACGUCGAUGGCAAUCUUGGGACUGGGCGAUGCCAUGAUUAAGAAGUUUAUGGCCCAGCUAGUUGAAGGUCUCCGCUAUUGCCAUAAUCGUCGCAUUUUGCAUCGUGAUCUGAAGCCCCAGAACUUGCUCAUUGACCGUGAUGGUAACCUUAAGCUCGCCGAUUUUGGCCUAGCAAGAGCCUUCGGUGUCCCCCUACCCAAUUACAGUCAUGAGGUAAGUACACGUGUUCCUUGGCGUACUUUGCGCGAUCCGCCUCUGCCUAUGAUACCCCGGCGUGCCGUCAGCGUAUGA